CAAGAUGGCGGAGCUGCAGUUGAGGCAGUGUGGUGAUGCGUCGAGAAUAUAAUAAAUUAGAAAGGUAGCCCGGUGCCCAAUAUAAGACAGUCGUGUCAUAUUUAUCGCUUCCAGAAGAUACCAGUGGAGGAUGAUCAGUGCCUAGAUCCCAUAUUAAGCUGAAUGCAUUGUGAUUUCCAAUAAUUGAGACAGUGAUUCUGAAAGCUGUCUACAUUAAUGAAAAGAACAAUGUAGUCCGCUUAGCAUUUUCACCUCUGGUACGUGGUCAAGAAAGGGAUGUGCUUCUACAUGCGUUCUAAAAACUUGAAAAUUGAAACUUUAGAUGAGAAGAGUUUGUGAAUAGGUCAGAUUUUAGAAUACGUUACUAGUUUGUUUAAAUUGUAGUCUAUUAAAAAGAAGAAGAAGAACAAUGGAGAUAGAUGAUGUGCUACCCCCUCUCCCCUUGGAGCCACCUGAUGAUUUUGGUCAAGAUGAGGGUAGAGCACCUCCACCACCUCCCCUGCAAACGUCCAGUGACGCAGAGGUAAUGGACGUUAGCUCUGGUGGUGAUGGAUACACAUGUACCCCAGAGGACGGGGAAGCCAAUCCGCAGCAGCCCCUCGGCAAGGGAUCUAUAACUUUCUAUAACCACCUCUCAGAUGAGGCUAGUCCCAACCCACCGUGCCCCAGAACAGCCCGCCACGCUCCCCAAGCCACCGGUUUUCUACCAGACCUCAAGCUGCUCAGAGAUGUUAAGAUCCGUGUAAGCUUCACUGAAAGCAGCAAUAGCAAAGACCGGAAGGUUUUGUACACGGGUGAAGGGCAGGAGAGAGGAAGUGAUGGUUUAGACGGCGUUAAUGGUGAGUUGCGUGACUCAACUAGCGAGCAAGAAGCAGCUGAGGGAAGCUUUGGAGCAGGGACCAUAGCUGACAGAGGAUCAGAGGAGGUAGAGCUAGACCUGGAAAAUAAGGUAGAGUUUGCUGUCCUGGAUGAGUUGGAUGAACUCUACGAGAACUUCCUGGAUAAUGACGACGCAGAGCUUGGAGGCUUUAAGUCUGAGGUCAUAGUUCAGCAGGAGCAAGCAGAUGAGGAGGUCGUGACUUUCUCCUAUGAGGAGGAGUUUGACAAUGAUGUUGAUGCGCUGCUUGAGGAGGGCAUGCCACUCCCAAAAAAGAUGCGUACAUCAGAGGACAAUAAUGGUGGGGACAGUAAUCAUCCGUCAGAUGGUGAAGAAGGUGUUCAGCCCAUGAUGACCAAAAUUAAGACUGUCUUGAAGAGUCGUGGGCGUCCCCCCACCGAGCCUCUACCUGAUGGGUGGAUCAUGACAUUCCAUAACUCGGGCAUUCCUGUCUACCUGCACAGAGAGACCAGGGUGGUUACCUGGUCCAGACCCUACUUCCUUGGGACUGGCAGCAUUAGGAAACACGACCCUCCUACCACCAGCAUCCCUUGCCUACACUACAGGAAAAUGAAGGAUCGUGAGGAAAAGGAGCUAAAUGGAGGGGUGACGCCCAAUGCAGAGGUGACGCCCAAUGCAGAGGUGACUCUCAAUGCAGAGGUGACGCCCAAUGCAGAGGUGACGCCCAAUGCAGAGGUGACUCCCAAUGCAGAGGUGACGCCCAAUGCCAAUGCAGAGGUGGCACCCAAUGCCAAUUCUGAGGUGACACCCAAUGCAGAGGAGUGUCCUGUCCAGCCCAGCGACGUGGCCAAUGGUGAAGAGGGAGCAGACAAGUCAGAUGCUCCCACUGAGGAGAAGGACAAUGGCCCUCCCACCAGUGUGGCUGGCGGUGGGCCAAAUAAGGAGAAUGCAACCAAUAACGGCCUGCAUGGUAAAAUGUCCCACCUCUUUAACUUUGCCCACGGAGCCUUAGGACAAGUCAGAGCCAAGGUGGAGGUGUGCAAGGACGAGUCCAUAGAAAUUGAAGAGUUUCGUCUGUACCUGGUAAAAUGCUUUGACUUUGAACAAGUCACCGUGAAGAAGUUUCGUACCUGGGCUGAGCGAAGGCAGUUCAACAGAGACAUGAAGAGGAAGCAGGCGGAUUCGGAGAGGCCUAUCCUGCCUGCCAACCAGAAACUCAUCACACUGUCAGUCCAAGAUGCACCCACUAAGAAAGAAUUUGUCAUCAACCCGAAUGGGAAAUCGGAGGUUUGCAUCUUGCAUGAAUAUAUGCAACGUGUCCUAAAGGUUCGACCUGUUUACAACUUUUUUGAAUGUGAGAACCCAAGUGAGCCCUUUGGAGCAUCAGUCGUCAUAGAUGGGGUAACUUACGGCACAGGAACCGCAAGCAGUAAAAAACUUGCCAAGAAUAAAGCUGCUCGAGCCACACUGGAAAUCCUCAUCCCUGACUUUGUGAAGCAGACCUCGGAGGAGAAGCCUGUUGAGGGCGAUGAACUGGAGUAUUUUAAUCAUAUCAAUAUAGAAGACUCGAGGGUGUAUGAGCUGACCAACAAAGCAGGACUACUUUCGCCAUAUCAGAUUCUUCAUGAGUGCCUUAAAAGAAACCAUGGAAUGGGAGACACGAGCAUUAAGUUUGAGGUGAUCCCGGGGAAAAACCAGAAGAGUGAAUACGUGAUGACGUGUGGGAAGCACACCGUGCGCGGCUGGUGCAAGAACAAAAGGGUUGGCAAACAACUAGCGUCUCAGAAGAUCCUGCAGAUGCUUCAUCCCCACGUGAAGAACUGGGGCUCACUGCUGCGCAUGUACGGCAGAGAUAGCAACAAGAUGGUCAAGAAGGAGAGCUCUGACAAGAGUGUGAUCGAGCUCCAGCAGUAUGCCAAAAAGAACAAGCCAAACCUUCAUAUCUUAAACAAACUACAAGAGGAAAUGAGGAAACUAGCCAAGCAUCGGGAGGAGACGAGGAAGAAACCCAAGAUGACCAUAAUGGAGUCUGCCCAGCCAGGGAGUGAACCCCUCUGCACUGUUGACGUCUAAGUCUCGAAAUCACUGAUGAACCACGGCACUGAAACCCAGUCACUGUCAGACACCACACCCCCACCAUCCAUCUUAAUUAUGCAUCACCGAGAUCUAAUGACUAUUUAGUUACACGAGGACCAGGCAGCGACAACGGCUGGCAUCCUUCACCCAUGUUGUUGUGUUCGGCUGGUAAAGUAAGGGGAGGUCUAAAUGCUCGAACAAACAUUGGAGCAAAUAUCGUCUACCUCUCUGGAUGCUGCCACGUUAUGGCACGAGAAGAAAUGAAAUAGCCCGGGCUGCAGAGAAGGAAACAUGAACCACAUCAAAAUAAAAUGCAUUCUUCUUUGACAGCAAAAGCCACUACACACCUUUUUUUAUAAUUUAGUUGUGAAAGUUGUUUUUUUAACAGUCAGAGUACCGGCACCUAUUAGUUUAGGUUUUUUUCUUCAAGUAUUUGAAAGGGACUACUAGUGCUUGUGUAUUUAUACCAUUCAUUUUAUUGGGAAACAAAGUUACUUGUUUAUUGGGUAUUUUAAUGGUCGGUGUUCUGGAUAUUUUGGGUAAUUAAUACAAAAUAGGCCCUUCCCCCCCCUCAGAAUGGACAGCUGCUGUCUUGGUUUGCACGUUUAGAAACAUACGUUGUGAAGUGAUGACUUGUUAUGCACUUGUCCUGUCAGAUAUUUUAUGUUGACUGAUCUCGUUGGUACAGGACUCACUGCGUUUGGGAUAUUUAAAGUGAGUUGCAUUUGGAGGUACCUGUUGCCUUUUUUCUUCUUCUUUUCUUCCUUCACGCCCUCUUUUGCUUUGGCAAUACGAGGAUGAGACCUCCUGCUGCCCAUUACAACACUGCAGUAAACCCAAGCACAGUACUAGAAUAUGUUGUGGACAAAUGUUAAUUUCUUUAAUGCUCUUAGUUUGUGCUAGCUUGUUGUUAAAGUACUAAUGCCACGCACACCAACUAACCAUUUGGUAGAUUUCAGUUGUGGUGCCCUUAAGAAAUCAUGUUGCCUUAGUUAAUCCAUUUCAUGAAGGGCUCAGAGUACAAUUCAUUGGACCUAAAAUACCCUUCAACAGGAAGUGGAAAGACCAAGCCCCCUUUACCUGUUGAAGCAUUUGUUUAGCCAAUUAGAAAUGUGCUGGAGACGGCCUCUAAAACAUCAGCUACUAGAGGGAAAAUGUCUCCAGCAUGUGCAGAUUUUUUUAAGACGUGUCUUUAAUGGAGUGUGUAUUGUUUGUGCGUUUGCCAUCAUAGUUACAGUAUUUUCUGACCACGUAGAACGCAUUUUUAUAAAAAGCAGCCUUUUAAAAUUUACUUGGUACACUAACGUGAACAAAAUGCGAUCAAAUGGUUUCGUCCAACAAGCUGUUGAAAGUAUGUAUACCAAAGCUUACAGACAGUCUUAUGCAUUUUGUAGAAUUAAUGUUGCAGUAGGAACAUCUAGAGGAAAAUACAUAGACCCACUACUUGCAGGAACAAAAUAAACUGCUGUGCAUCCUUCGUCAAGUAUUUGGCCUAUGUCGGAUUUUUUUCUUUUCUUAUACUAAAUGUUCAAAGAUGUUAAAACAAGACUGAUUAAGAAUGUGCUUUCCCCUCUGAGUUUGUUUUUUCAAAGUGUGUCAGUGUGAUAUAAUUCCUGCUUUUACGUUCGUUCAGUUGUACCAAUAAAUUGUUUGAGAUGUUGCUGCUUAGAAAAUGAAGUAUGUAUUGCAACCUGAGCUCCAUGAUUAGCGAUAUGUUAUGCAAAUAAAAUGUAGUGUCUAGUAA